UCUGUUUCAGCUAAGAUGGAUUCUGACGCUAGUUCCAUCUGCAGUCGCUCCUCAUCCCCAGACCUGGUGGUGGAUGAUUCUGCUGGCAGCUUCUUCUCCAACAAAAUGUUCCAGACUUACUGCCAAGAGCAGAGGGCAGACAGAGAGGCCAGCCACGGCAGGACAGAGCGCUGCGCUGGUGGCGGGAAGGCCAAGAGCAGGUCUGAGCUCAGCAAGGACGAGAUGCAGGACCUGAGAUUGAAAGUCAACAGCCGGGAGAGGAAAAGGAUGCAUGACCUGAACCAGGCGAUGGAUGGCCUGAGAGAGGUCAUGCCCUACGCUCAGGGGCCCUCUGUCCGCAAGCUGUCAAAAAUCUCCACCCUGCUGCUGGCCCGCAACUACAUUCUCAUGCUGUCCAGCUCCCUGGAAGAAAUGAAAAAAUUGGUGGGCGACGUAUACGGAGGCAGUGCUGCCGCCCAGAGACGCUCCAGCACCCACCCCAGGAUCACCACGGCAGCACCCACCGCCCACCUCCCGCUGCACCCUAUGGCCCAGUCCCUGCACUCCCUGGUGGGCAGCAGCACAGCUUCUCCUCUCCAGCAUCACUCGCCUCCCCCGGCUCCUCACUCGCCCCCAUCAGCCAGCUUUCUCGGCUUUCAUGCUCCAGUCCAGGGCCUUCUGAAGGACCCCCUCCACCUGACCAGUUCAUACAGGCACUUCCCCGGCAUGCCCUGCCCUUGCUCACUCUGCCAGCCUCUGCCCGCCACUACCUCCACACUGCACAGCCUGUCCAUGAACAAGUGA